AUGGCCAUGGACCCUGCAGGCGAAUUACCAAAAAACACAGAUGCUGAAUCUUGGAACGAUAGCGAUGCUCUAAAUUUACUAUUUAACGUCUCAUCCAGCAUAAGACCAGAGAAGCCCAAUUUAACCUUAGAAACAGCAACACUUAGGAUAUAUAUAAUCUCUCCGGAUUCUGCAAAUUCAAAACAUCGUUCCAGAAACGACGAUCAAAUCAGAAUAUCAGUGUCAUGGUACACCAGGUCGCUGAAGAAACAAAGAGUAAAAAGGAAGCUAUCUGAUUCAAAAAUGGUGCAUUCGUCUUUUACCGGUUGGAUAGAAUUAAAUUUAAAAGGAGCGGUUUCUUCCUGGAAAACCACGGCGAGGAACCAUGGAAUUGCUAUCACUGUUGAAGAUCAAGAGGGCAAUGCGCUAAGAGCAGACUCUUAUAUUCAAAAACACGAUUGUGCAAAUUUAUAUCCUCGUCCAUUUCCCUGGCUGGUCCACAAGAAACUACCUUACGACGACACGGAUAUAAGUUACCGAUUUCCUCGCCUCGAUAUUUUAACUCGAGAAUUAGUCGACUACAACUAUCAAGGUUUGCCAAGUUUGGUAGAAAACAUCCACAAUGCGCCAAGUGCGCACCAAGCUGGACUUUGAAAUUAAAUCAGAUAUAGAAUGUUAAUGGAAAGGAUUGAAGAUCUGUAAAUAAAUUUUAUUUGUUACUGUUUACUUACUAAAAUAAGUCUGAAUGUUAAUCUAGAGUGAUUUUCGAUGAAUUGAUUAGAUUAGAC